AUGCAAAUCACUGCUUUUCUGUUGACUGGCAUCCCAGGAUUAGAAGACUUCCAUAUGUGGAUAUCCGUCCCUUUCAGCUUCAUGUACCUUUUGGCUGUGAUAGGCAAUGGCCUGGUUGUGAUGGUUGUGGUAUGGGACAGAAGCCUCCACGAGCCCAUGUACUUAUUUCUAGCAAUGCUAGCACUCAAUGAUUUUGUACUCUGCACUGUCACAGUGCCAAAAAUGCUUCUCAUCUUCUGGCUAGGCCCUUCUCUAUCAACAUUUUCUUCCUGUCUUACACAGAUGUUUUUUGUUCAUGCUCUCUUUCUCUCUGAAUCUGCUGUUCUUUUGGCCAUGGCUUUUGAUCGCUAUGUGGCCAUCUGUGAACCACUCCACUAUGUGAAUGUACUUACAAACUCACUCAUUGCCAAGGUGGGUCUGGCUCUCGUGGUCCGGAGUGUGGCUGUAGUCACUCCUGGUGUCCUCCUCAUUCUCCGGUUGCACUUUUGUCGAACCAACAUCAUCCACCACACCUAUUGUGAGAACAUGGGCAUUGCCAAGUUGGCUUGCAAUAGCAUUUUUCUUAAUAGCCUUUAUGGGCUUACUGCUGCUCUCCUCACUACAGGGCUGGACUUUAUCCUCAUCUCCAUUUCUUACUGGCUAAUCUUGCGAACAGUAUUCCAACUACCUUCAAGGGAAGCUCGGACAAAGGCUUUUGGAACUUGUGGCUCCCAUAUAUGUGUCAUCUUGAUAUUCUAUACUCUGGCUUUCUUCUCCUUCUUUACUCAUCGCUUUGGGCACCAUAUACCCAGGCAUACUCUUAUACUCCUGGCAAAUCUCUACUUACUGGUGCCACCUACCAUGAACCCCAUUGUGUAUGGGGUAAAAACCAAAGAGAUAAGGAUGCGAGUACUAGGACUUUGUAGCCAAUUAAAAUGA